CAACAGUCACUAAUCCUUUUGGACAAUUUAUUGUCACAUCCAGUCAAAAACGUGUAAUGCUUCCAAUUACUUCCUUAAAACCACCAGAACGUCGAAUAAACAACUCUAUUUGUCCAGUUUUUCCUGAUCAUCAAAUUGUUAACAUGCUGGUCGAUGACAUGGGAGGACACGGGCGUGCCCUAGAAACACUAGAAAAGGCUCUUAAAAACAAAGAUUUAGACCAUGUCAAUUUCAUGGAUUUAAGUAAUGAUAUACGCUAUCAGCUUGGUCAAACAUAUAGCCAUUGGACACAAAGAUCAAAAGGGGUCAAACAACUCCUCCGAAUUAUUUUGACACAUCAAUUAGUGUAUAAAGACCAAACUAUAUUUGAUAAUUAUACCCCAGAAGAUUUUACAAGAUUAGGAUUAAUAAAAUUCGAGCCCUGUGAUGUUAAUGACGUUAGCUGUGCUAGCGGAUAUUUGUCCUGUCCAUAUGUUUGGUUAUGGAUAGUCGCACAUUCUACGAAUGAUGAAAUAUUAAAAGACUGGAAUUUUAAUUAUAUUCAAGAAAGGCAACAUGAAGCUGAUCUUUCAAUUUCACCAGGAUUACAAUAUUGGCAGCACUUCGAAAGUUUCAUUUCACGCAUUCGAAUCCUUAAGUCAAAAUUAUUUGCUGAAAAUGCAUGGAUUUUACUGAAGGAUCUUCACCAUGGUGCUAAUCACACAUUUAAUAAUGCAAAGAUUUGUAAUCAGCACCUACAAUUGGAGACAGCGAUACAAAGAGAAUCAACUACAACUAAAUCUGGUAAAUUAUCUAAAAUUCAAUGUGAUAAAGGUUUAAUUGAUCCAUGUGGAAAAUAUUGC